AUGCAUUGGCUAGCGAUCCAAUGAUUUGUUCACUCGAAAGCAUUACCGAAGUGACCAAACUUCGGCGUGCAGUCUUAGAUGUAGAGCUUGAGUUAGAAGCCAAGCGAGAAGAGUACAACCAACGUAUGGCUGUCGUGCGUCAAGGUGAGGAACAGGUAGCCAAGGACCGUGAGGAGCUGCAAGACACCCUUGUGAAGUACUACAAAUUUAUCCAAGAAAAUGAACUCAAGCGCAUCAGAGCAAAUAAAAAGGUUAUCACAGAGGAGAAGCAGAGGAAGGAACGCGAGGAGCAUAUGCGGCAUCUUGAACAACACUUGAAGGAACUAGAGGAAAAGCGAACUAAACUUCGCCAAGAAUACAAUAAUUUUAGUAAGUAUCAAACGUUUUUAGAAGCUGUGCUUGCACGUAACGACGGCGAUGAGUACCAAGAACCACGCGAUAUCAUGAAGCGCUGGAUGACGCUGCAAGAUAAUACUAAGGUUCUUCAGCUGCGAAAGACACAGCUUGAGGAGGAUCUGCUACGGAGCAAAAAUACCCUCAACGUCGCGCGUCAGAAGCACAGCAGUGAGAGUGUGUCGCUGCAGAACCAGCUCAACGAACUACAGAUGAAGUUCAAAAGCCUCCAUAAGAUGAUCAAAGUCAAGCAGGACGAACUUAAACGUAAAAUUAGGCAAAAGAGUACCACUACACGCACCAUAACGCACGUGAGCAUGGCGGCGAAGAACCUGUGCGAUCGCUGCUUGCUUUGGACGCAGCCGUACUCCGGCCGUGGCAAGGGCGAAUCGCACCACGACGGCGUGUUGCACCAACUGCGCGUGAUUGGUGACUGUUUAGAAGACUUUCAAUCGGUUAUUAUCAGGCACCUUCAAAAUGGGAUCGCCACAGGCGGAGGUACCUGAAGUAUCAGCGUCUUCUAUUUGCCUGCCUGGUAUGUCUUUUCCUUUUUGGGGUUUGUGCUUGGGUGCGUGUGAACGGGAAAAGGUGCGUGAAACGUUGACCUCCCUGAUAGCCUGUUCGAUGUAAAUAUUUUACCAACCGUGCUGGUAGCAUAAUGGCAGAAGGACAGUUGUGAGGAUCGCAAACCUAGCCAUUAGCAAAAAUGUUGAAAACGUGUAUUGUAUAAAAAUGAAUAUGUUUCAAUAGCAAAUAGGUUCAAGAAAUGUGAACUAAUUAUAUGGGCGGUUGGUCUUAGAAACUCACUGUGCGUCAAUGGCAUGAU